AUGCUGGAAGAAGAGGAUUCCGAUCGGAUUGAGAAGAUCUGUCCCGUUUGUCUAAAGGAGGCGAGCAAACGAUGCUCACGGUGUGCCCUGGUGUACUACUGCUGCGUCGAGCACCAGCAGCAGCAUUGGAAAACGCACAAAAUCACAUGCCAUCCGUUUAAAAUUUGCUCGGACGAACAGUAUGGGCGGUUUCUGGUGGCAACGCGGGACAUCAAAGCAGGCGAGAUUAUUCUCAAGGAGUCGCCGUUGGUGCAUGGACCAGCCCAGAUCACUGGGCCCGUCUGCGUCGGGUGUCUGCAGGGCUUAGAGGAGAAAAAGUUUCUGGAAUGUGAUAAAUGCGGAUGGCCUAUAUGCAAACGAUCAUGUCAGGAUCAUCCGUCACAUCAAGCGGAGUGCAAAUUUACCAUCGCACGGGGCAGUAAGGUUUCGAUCCAGCACUUCUAUAUGCCUCAUCCAACGUACCAGUGUCUAAUGCCGCUGCGUUGUCUCCUGCUGGCCGAAUCGGAUCCUGCCCGAUGGGAUGCUCUAUUGCGUCUGGAAUCACACGAGGAUGAGCGGCGAGGCUCCGAGCAAUGGCGAAAUGAUCGUGAAGGGGUAGCCAAGCUUAUUCCACGAUUUUUCAAGUGUGAAAAUCGCUGGGACGAGGACGAGAUCCUGCGCGUGGUGGGCAUAGUGCAGGUGAAUGGACAUGAGGUUCCUCUGACGGAACCGUCCUCAGUUGCGAUCUACAAUAUGGCGUCGAUGCUGGAACACUCCUGUCGACCGAACCUAUCGAAAAGCUUCACGAACCGGGGUGAGAUCAUGAUCUGGGCUCCGAACGCGAUUCGACGCGGUGAACGGCUCAGCAUCUGCUACACGGACGUGAUGUGGUCGACAGGAAACCGGCUCGAACACCUGCAGCAGACGAAGAUGUUCCGGUGCGAGUGUGAGCGUUGUCGAGACCCGACCGAGUACGAGACGUUCUUCAGUGCGAUGCGGUGCUCAGGCUUCCAGACAGAUGGCAGGUGUAAAGGAUAUCUGCUACCGGUGGACGUGGCCGGAUGGGACGGUGAUUGGAAGUGUAAGCGCUGUGAGAAAGAGGUGACAGGUACGGCCGUUGGGAAGGUGCUGGAGCGUGCCCGUAUGGAUUUGGAGGCGAUGCAGAAACACCGAGAGGAUCACUGCAACCGAUACGUGAAGCAUUACUCGAAGUGGCUCGCACCCAACCACCAGUAUUUGGUGGAUGUGAAGAUCUCGCUGUCGCAGGUGAUCGGUGGAAAUAAUCCCGAGGCGAUCAAGAAGAUCCCGUACGACAAACUGAUGGGGAAGAUCAAGGUCUGUCAGGAUUUGGUUGCGCUGUUCGAGAAGAUCUGUCCAGCUGAAGCACGUGCUUUUGGAGCCACUCGAUUUGAGUUACACGCGGCUCUGGCUGAGCUGGGUCGUCGUUCGACGGAGUCCAAUAACCCAUCGGCAGCGGCUGUCCAACUCGAUGACUCGCUGUUUAACGCAACCGAAUGCAUUCGAAUGCUGCUGCACGAACCGUCCGUGCUGAUGGAGAGCAAGAUUUGCGCCCAAGCACGGUUGAAUGCCCAGACCCUGAAGUCACUGCUGGGAAUUAAAGACUAG